CUAUGGCGACCAACGAGCACAACUACUACGCCCGUUUAAAUAUGGGUGUUUUGUGCCAAGAGGAUUCGAUUGGUCGCAAGGAUUGACAAACAUAUUCGCCAUCUGUGAACGCAAACUAAGGUUACAAGAAGAGGAUGUGUAUCUACCUAUCUUUCAAAAUAUUUGAAAUAGCCUUGGUGGGUUUUAUUAUCUUGUGAGGGGAAAACGGCCUAGCCAAGGCCAAGGUUUUGUUUUUUCACCAAGGUCAACAAAACUGUAACCGAUGUAAAUAAUCACGAUGCUUUUGAAAGUAAAUGGAUUGAAUUUCGGAUAGAUAAAUUUACUAGCUCUCUAAGUAAAGCAGCCGAUGUCUACAUGCGUGAACGCGUCUCGCUUCUAGGACAGCCGAUGUUGAUUUCACAGUGGCUUCGGACAGGGACAAGGCGACUAGGAAUCUACAACUCAGAAAUGCUUUUACGUUUUACGAGAUAGUCUCAUGCACUUCGGAGUACCGAUUCAAAGAUA